AUGGUGGUGCCCGAACAAUGGGAGGCGAUGAAGCUGGCUGCGAGCGUAUUCGUGCUCACUUAUCUGGCCGAGAUGUUCGUCUUCUUUGUCUUCCUUUUCUUCCAUCAUCUCUUCACAAAGAGCCCUCCCCAACUUGUCACCGGCUCUCGUCCUGCGGCGCGUAAAGAGGAGAAACAUGUUGAUCCUGUAACGGUAAUCCUGGCGCCAACAAAGCCAAAGAAAGAGCCCAUCAAGUCGAAAUCGGAGACGUGUAAUGCCGUCGGCAAGAAGGGCGACGUCGAAGUGACCAAGACGCACAUUUUGGUG